GGAACGAAUCUCUCCAGCAGACUUGCAAUUUCACUUGUUUUAGAUUGUGGUUAGCCUUCCUCGCCAUGGCUGCCCAAGCGCUAUUUCGCCCGAGGGUUGCAACCAUUUGCUCUGGCAUAUCUCCUCGUUCCCUGCACAGUCAGAUAACAGGCAAAAAUCUCCUUCGGUUUCCGGCCCUUCCUGUGCGUUCGCCUGUUUUGACCUCGACCCGAACAAUCUCUGCUCGCGCGCAGACAGGAAUAUCGUCUUCUGGCCCUGCCCCGGAAUAUUUCCAGCAUGGAGUGGUUUCUUCCGUUCCAUUGGGUCAUUCGGGAAACGAUGUGUCCGUUCGUGCUGCUGACUACGUGUCACCCGGCUACGAGUACGAGCAGGAGAUCGAUCCUCAGGAGGCCGCCAGGCGUGAACAGGCGUCGAAGCGGGUAGAGAGGACGUCCAAAUACUUCCGUCAGUUGGGAAUUUUUGGAUUCUGGGGCCAGCUGAUCUGUUCGGUAGUCGCCUCCGUGAUCCUCACCUUCUCCAUAGUCAUCUCUGGCCGGCCCACGGCACCGGUUUCCACGUAUCUUACAUCUGCUGGAAUCGUGGCUGCGUUUCUCUCUGUCUUCUGGUCGUUUGGUUACCUCAGGCUAGCCGAUCGGCUGCGCAACGCCAUUGAGAACCCCAUGAAGGCACCUCCUCGCUCUUCGGUGGUGGCAAAUCUUAAGAAUGGCCUCAUUAUCAACAUCCUUGGACUAGGAGCCACUCUCCUUGGCCUACAGGCCACUGUUGGGGUGCUAGUCGCCAAAGCCCUCACCUCCUCCACUCCCAUCUAUGGUGCUGUUGGCCUUCCCACCGGCUACAACCCAGUUCUGGCCCUUGAUGUUUUCCUUAUUCAGGCGUCUGGAAACACUGCCCUAUCUCACUUCCUUGGACUUGUGCUGACCCUGGAGCUACUGCGGGCAACAACCCUCUCGCAGCCACCUCCUGAAAAUGUCAUCCCGCAAGCCCCAUGAGCGUGUGAUGUGAAGAGUGGGCUGUACACCAACUGUUGCUUAGCUGAUUGGGUCAAACAGUCGAAAUUUUCUUAGGUGCUCACAGCACCGAACUGCAGCCAUCAACUUUCAUGCAGAAACAACACAAAUAUUUGAAGCCGCUUGCAAAGCAGUUUGUCAAAUGCCAUGUCUAAUCA